UUUCUAAAAAUGCUAAAACCCUUACUCUCUUGCUGUCUUAAACCCUAAUUCACGACCGACUGCAUCCAAUUUCUCGUGGGGUUUAAGCCCCAUCAUCACAUGGUGAGCUAGCGCCUCUCCAAUGGCGAUCUCGGGCUUUGGAUUCGCAUGCAGACCCGAUUUCCCUCUCCGUCUCCCUUUCCUUCACUGCGUCCGCUUUCGCGUUCGCAAGCUUCGACUGAGUUCAGUGGCGGCAGUUAAGGCAGUUGAUGAGCCGGAGUGUCUUACUACCAUCAAAGACACUCAUACAAGCAAUUCGGUUCAUGGACGAGUUGGUGGAGACUGGAAGAGGUUGAACUCUGAAGAGCUUGGAAUUAGUACUUCGAUGUUUGCUAAGCCUGCGAUAAAGGUUAUGAAUGGGCUCAAGAGAAAGGGUUAUGACGUUUACCUUGUAGGAGGUUGUGUACGGGAUCUUAUCUUAAAGCGAACACCAAAGGAUUUUGAUAUAAUAACCUCAGCUGAACUUAAAGAGGUUAUGAGAACAUUUUCGUGGUGUGAGAUAGUUGGCAAAUGGUUUCCUAUAUGCCAUGUGCACAUUGAUGAUACAAUUGUGGAGGUUUCAAGUUUUAGCACCCGUGGACGAAACUUUGAUAGGGACUUGGGUGAUGAUCUUGAAAGACCAUCUAGUUGUGAUGAGAAGGAUUAUAUUCGUUGGAAGAAUUGUUUGCAGCGGGACUUUACAAUUAACGGGUUGAUUUUUGAUCCAUAUGCAAGAAUAGUAUAUGACUACACAGGAGGAAUAGAAGAUAUUAGAAAAGCUAAAGUGCAAACUGUGAUUCCUGCAAGUUCUUCGUUUCAAGGGGAUUGUGCUCGCAUUCUGCGUGCAAUAAGAAUUGCUGCUCGUUUAGGAUUUCGUUUUUCAAGGGAGACAGCUCAUUCUAUUAAAAAUUUGUCUCGCUCAGUAGUAAGACUUGAUAAGGCGAGGCUUAUGCUGGAAAUGAAUUACAUGCUAGCAUAUGGAUCUGCAGAAGCUUCUCUGAGGUUACUAUGGAAAUUUGGACUCUUAGAGAUACUUCUACCCAUUCAGGCAGCUUAUUUUGUUCACCAUGGUUUCCAAAGACGCGACAAGGGAUCUAACAUGCUUUUGUCUCUGCUUUCUAAUAUGGAUAAACUUCUGGCACCUGACCGGCCAUGCCACAGUAGCUUAUGGGUUGGGAUCUUAGCAUUCCAUAAAGCACUGUCCGAGAAGCCUAGAGUUCCUUUGGUUGUUGCUGCAUUUAGCCUUGCAGUCCACAAUGGCGGAGAUAUUUCAGAAGCAGUAAACAUAGCAAGGAAAAUAACUGCACCCCAUGAUUCCAGCUUUCAUGAACUAUCAGAACCACAGAAUCUUGAGUUUCAUGCAUUAACAGAUGCAGUUAUGGAUCUUGCAGCAUCUGUUAAAGGCGCACUCUGUAAGAUGACUGAUGAGCAUUUUGUAUCUCAGGCAAUGGCGGGUUACCCUCGAGCACCUUAUUCAGAUAUGGUAUUUAUCCCAUUGGGAUCAUAUUUAAAGGUGUGCAGGAUUUUUGAGUGUGUGAGAGCGGGCCCUGAGAAGGGAUUUGUGACAAAGCAAGGCAGGAAGAUUGACUAUGAGUCCUUAGCUCUGGGAGGGAUGCAAGAAGUAAGGCAUGUUUUUGCAAGAAUUGUAUUCGACACAGUAUACCCUCUUAGUCUGAAUCAAGAACAGAGUCGUACAUAAAUAAUAUAAUAGAAGUUUUCUGAUCA